AGUAUGUGUAGCAGUUGCAGCGAGCAGCCGGUUCUUUCUCGGUGGAACAUCGCGUCCGAGCGACACCUCCGUCUCUGCACUCACCCCUUACUCACUUAACUCAAGUGCCAUGGAGGAAUCGAGUAGUUGACGUUUCCUUUUGUAACCUUCUCUUUUUAAGCUUUCUUCCCGUCUGAUCACUCAGAUCCCCGAACCGGUUUUUGUUAACGUUUUUUUUGAACUCCCCGUGACCGACAUCUGCAACCAUCCGAAAUCAUGAAGUACAUCAUCGGCAUCGGCGGUGUAACCAAUGGAGGGAAAACCACCCUCACCAACAGACUGAUCAAGAACCUGCCCAACUGCUGUGUUGUCCAUCAGGAUGACUUCUUCAAGCCCCAAGAUCAGAUUGAAGUUGGUGAAGAUGGCUUUAAGCAGUACGAUGUCAUCACUGCUUUGGACAUGGACGCCAUGAUGAGUACGAUCUACGCAUGGCUGGAGAACCCGGUGAAGUUUGAGAAGUCUCAUGGCGUUAACAACACCCUGGAUACUGAGAUCGUCCCAAAGUCUGACAAUAAGGAGGAGGAGACUCACAUCCUUAUCGUCGAGGGCUUUCUGCUUUACACUUACGAACCUUUGAUCGACGCGCUGAACCAACGUUACUUUAUUUCCAUCCCGUACGAAGAAUGCAAAAAGAGGAGGUGCUCUAGGAACUACACUGUGCCAGACCCCCCCGGCCUGUUCGAUGGCCACGUCUGGCCCAUGUAUUUGAAACACAAGAACAUCAUGGAGGCAACAAAUGUUGACGUCUUGCAGCUAGAUGGAACCAAGUCGAAGGAACAGCUGUUCAACUUCGUCUAUGGCCAGAUCCUGAACAACAUCCAGAAGUCACAAUAAAAACAAAGGUCAAACGAUCGGCUAAAAGGAGCAUAUACUCAGCCUGCGAGCAGAAGACCACCUUGCCUUACGUUCCUACCUGGCAGCUCAUACAGCUGACUGCAGCAAACUAUUUUGUAAAUGUUUUUAACUGGCGGCAUCCAAUGCUGGCAUGAUUUUAUAUCUUCUAUAUUUAUUGCUUUGUUACAGCCUACACUCGGAAGUGAUAAUGGAUAUGUUCAGAGGAUGGUUGCACUUAGUUGCUUGAGUCAAUAAACGAGCCUCCUGCCA